AUGGAACAAAUAUGGUUGCUGCUGCUUCUAACAAUUAGAGUGCUUCCGGUGUCUGCUCAGUUCAAUGGUUACAACUGUGAUGCCAACCUCCACAGUAGAUUUCCUGCUGAAAGAGACAUCAAUGUCUACUGUGGAGUGCAGACUAUCACGAUGAAGAUUAAUUUUUGCACAGUACUUUUCUCGGGGUAUUCUGAAACGGAUCUGGCACUGAAUGGAAGGCAUGGGGAUUCCCACUGCCGGGGGUUCGUCAACAACAACACCUUUCCAGCAGUGGUCAUUUUCAUCAUCAAUCUCAGCACCUUGGAGGGAUGUGGAAACAACUUAGUGGUGUCCACAAUUCCUGGUGUCAGUGCUUAUGGAAAUGCAACUUCAGUACAAAUAGGAAAUAUUUCAGGAUAUAUUGAUACUCCAGACCCACCAACAAUCAUCAGCUACCUACCUGGACUUCUUUACAAAUUUAGCUGUAGCUAUCCACUGGAAUACCUGGUUAAUAAUACCCAGCUUGCUUCGUCCUCAGCUGCUAUUUCUGUGAGAGAGAACAAUGGAACAUUUGUCAGCACUUUGAACCUGCUCCUUUAUAACGAUUCAACCUACAGUCAGCAAUUAAUUAUCCCAAGUAUAGGAUUACCUUUGAAAACCAAAGUGUUUGCAGCUGUUCAAGCCACUAAUCUGGAUGGAAGAUGGAAUGUCUUAAUGGAUUAUUGCUAUACAACCCCAUCAGGGAAUCCAAACGAUGACAUUCGGUAUGACCUCUUCCUUAGCUGUGACAAAGAUCCUCAGACCACCGUCAUUGAAAAUGGCAGAAGCCAGCGUGGCCGGUUUUCCUUUGAGGUGUUCCGAUUUGUGAAACACAAGAAUCAGAAAAUGUCCACUGUCUUCCUGCACUGCGUUACCAAGCUCUGUAGAGCCGAUGACUGCCCCUUUCUGAUGCCAAUUUGUGGCCACAGAGAAAGGAGAGAUGCUGGGAGGAAGACAACCUGGAGCCCCCAGAGCACUUCAGGCAACGCAGUCCUCUCCGCUGGUCCCAUCAUUACCCGGAGUGAUGAGACUCCAACCAACAAUUCACAGCUUGGCUCCCGGGAUGUGCCUCCCUUCCAGCUGAACACCGUCACCAGUGCGCUGAUAUCAGGAAUCGUCAUUCUGGGAGUCAUGAGUUUUUCCCUUCUCCUGUGCUCACUGACCCUUCUACACAGAAAGGGACCCACCAGUUUGGUGUUGAAUGGCAUAAGAAACCCAGUCUUUGAGUAA